AUGAAUCAAAACUAUAUAGAGAAAACAGAUAAAUUAGUCAAUGGUAGAAAUAUAUUGAAAUUUAGAAUCGAUGUAUACCUAGGUAGAUUAAUAAUAUUAAUGCAUAAUCAUUUGAAAGAUAUCAAUGAUAAUGGUAGUGAACAACAUAGAAAUAUCAUAUUAUUGGGGAAUAUUGAUACUAUUAAUAAUGUAAUUGUAAUGCCAGACGGAGUCGACAAUGAAUAUCAAUUAAUAAUAAUAAAAUUAGAGUCGACAUUGAAAAACGAUAAAUCGAAUAGCCACUGCAGUGGUGAUCAAUUAUCUAUGCACAUAGAGUUAUUAAAAAGUUCACAAUCAUACACAAUCAAUAUAGCAGAGUGUCAAUUCAAUAACAAUCUUGACUAUUUCAAACUAUCACAUUCCAUUAAUAACAAUCGAUAUCAAUCAAUAUCAAGAUUUCCAAACAGUAACAAAAUCAAUAAUAUAAACUAUGAAAAUGAUCAAAAAAACUAUGAAAGAUCAUUGAAUGAAAUCAGAGCAAUGCAACUACUGAUCGAUAAUCCAAGAUUUGUUCAACUUGUUGACCAUUUCGAUGAUAAAGACAAUAAAAUCUUUCAUAUCAUCACUAAAUAUUGUGAUGGUGGUGAUCUUGCUGUAAAGCAUAAACGUAUGAUUGAUCAAAACCGAAUCUUUAAAGAAUCAGAAAUUAUUAAAUACAUUACACAACUAUUCAAUAUUCUUUUGGAACUUGAUAAGCAUGGGAUAGUUCAUUGCGAUAUCAAACCAUCAAAUAUUUUCAUUGAAGUAUGUACAUAUGAUAUUACUUUGAUGCUUGGUGAUUUCGGAUGUUUGAAAUUCCUUGACGAUCCAUCAACAAUCAUCGAAUAUCAAGAUACCAACGAAGACAUUCCUCAAGGAAGUGAAUUGGCUAUUGAAAGUAUCGGUGAAGAUAUAUCAGAGCCAACCAUUUGCCCCAUUGCGAAGAUAAACUCAAACACUCUAAUAAAUGCAACUCGUGGGACACCUGGUUAUAUCGCACCUGAAGCAAUGAAUAGACAAUAUGCUCAAUCAUGUGACUUCUUUUCAGUUGGAUCAACUAUACUCAAAUUAUUAUGUUGUCACCAAGAUGAUAGAGAUAAUCAUCAACUAUUCCAAACAAAAGGUGAAAUUAAGAUUUCAGAAAACAGAUAUUCAAAACAAUUGAUUCACUUUAUUCAUCGAUUGUUGGAUAAGAGUCCAAAGAAUAGAGAAUCAAUGAAUCAAUUUUUAAACCAGUAUAUUGAAACUGUCAUUGAAGACGAUACAAUAAUAUUCAAUGUGAAUGCUCCAUUCGAAAAUAGCUCCGAAUAUGUAACCGAUCUCUAUUUUGGUAAUGAAUUUAAUCAACUCUUGAAACCGGAUUCACUUCCACCAAAUCUUACAACAUUAACAUUUGGUAUUAAUUUCAAUCAACCAAUACCAGCUGAUGUUCUUCCGAAAUCACUCAAACGAUUAUCAUUUGGACAAUUUUUCAAUCAGAAAUUGGAAAAAGGAAUGUUACCCGAUUCCCUUAUAACAUUGAAUUUGUUUGGAGAGGUAUUCAAUCAAAUUUGGUCCGAAGGUGCCUUUCCUUUAUCGCUAUCAACUUUGGUGCUUGGAGAUCUGCCCGAACAUCUAGUCUGGCUAAAUUUAGGAUCGUUUAAUCAAAGAUUAGAGAUUGGAGUCUUACCAAAAACUCUUGAAAGACUAACUUUCAAGGAGUACAAUCAAGAAUUGGAUAUUGGAGUAUUGCCACAAUCACUUCACUUCUUAAAAUUUUAUUCUUUUAAUCAAAAGAUUCAAGAGAAGGUUUUACCAAACUCUGUUAAAGUAUUAGAGUUCACUGAAAACUUUAAUCAUCCUUUAGAGAUAGGAGUUUUACCUAGCUCAUUGGAAUCUCUUUUCCUACCAAAAGACUACGAACAUACUUUUAAAAUAAGGGUGCUUCCUUCAUCACUUAAGAGAAUGACUAUUUUUAACAAUCCUCAAUCAACGGGUCACUUUAAUUACCAAGUUCUUAUUUCUGAAGAAGACAUAGGUAACAACAGAAUACCUUUGCCAAAGCCAAUGGAAACCCUUAUUAUUGGUGGAUAUUAUCAAAAAGAUGAGAUGAAGCAAGGAAAUUUACUUUCCAAUCUAAAGACUUUGGAAAUUGAUCUUGGAAAUCGACAAAAGUUAUCAGCAAUGAUAUUAACAAACUCUCAUGAUUCACUUCAAUUCAUCAAAGAAUACUAUCCAGAUUAUUAUUCAGCACACAAUUUAUCCGAGAUGAUGGAUUCCCCCACAGAUUCGGAAAACAGUCAAAUCAAAGGUAAUCAUAUCAUUGCUCUUCUUUUAACCCAAUACAACAUAUUUAAAUAUGAAAAACAAAAAUAA